AUGUUGCUGAAGAAUAUCUUUCUGCUCGCCUUUGGCGCAGCUUCUGCCGCUGCUGCUCCUGGAAGCGAUGAUUCGCAGACCUUGAGCAAGCGCGUCCUCCGCUGCCCCGAUUCCCAAUACGUGUCUGGAAACCAAUGCGUCAACAGAUGCCCUGACGGCUCCAAGUACAAGUCUGGUUUCUUUGGCUGGUGGUGCGACUGCGAUGAUUCCAAUGCCUACUGGGCCUCAAGCCCCAACAAAUGCCUCUGCAAUACUGGAUACGAGACGUACAACAGCAAAUGUGUCGUCAAGUGCCCUGCCUCCUCCACUCGUCAAACAGAUGGUACUUGCAAGUGUGACAGCUCUAAGGAGAUCGUCAACAACCAAUGCAUCAACAAGUGCCCUGCUACCGCUACCCGCCAAACAGAUGGUACAUGCAAAUGUCCCGGUACCAAGGAGAUUGUCAACAACGCUUGCGUCGACAAGUGCCCUGCUACUGCUACUCGUCAAACGGAUGGUACAUGCAAGUGUCCCGGCAACAAGGAGAUCUUAAACAACGCCUGUGUCGACCCCUGCGUGACUGGAGCUACUCGACAGGGCGGUUCUUGUGCCUGCACCGAUACAAACGCUGAGAUCUCGGGCAACAAGUGCUCCUGCAAGGCUGGUUUCGAGACUGUCGGAACCGUCUGCAAGGCCAAGUGCGGUACCAACGAGGAACGAUCCAACGGCGACUGCACAUGCAAGUCCGGCUUCGACAAGGUUGGCGAUUCUUGCUUGGCUGCCUGCGGGACCAACGAGGAGCGUGGCACCGAUAAGAAGUGUGGUUGUAAGACCGGCUUUGAGACUGUCGACGACGCCUGUGUAGCCAAGUGCGGCACCAACGAGGAGCGCAAGACCGACGGCGAUAAGAAGUGUGCCUGCAAGUCUGGGUUCGAGAACGUCGAUAAUACCUGUGUUGCCCAAUGCGGCGCCAACGAGGAGCGUGAGACUACCGGCGACAAGAAGUGUGCUUGCAAGAGCGGCUUUGAGACUGUCGGAAGUGUCUGCAAGCCCAAGUGCGGUACCAACGAGGAACGCUCCAACGGCGACUGUACUUGCAAGCCUGGCUUCGAGACCGUUGACAACGCCUGUGUUGCUGAGUGCGGCACCAACGAGCAGCGUCAGACUGACGGCGACAAGAAGUGUGUCUGCAAGCCCGGCUUCGAGAACGUCGAUAACACCUGCGUUGCCCAAUGCGGCGAAAACGAAGAGCGCGCUACAGACGGAGACAAGAAGUGCGGCUGUAAAUCCGGCUUCGAGACUGUUGAUAACAAAUGUUUUGCCGAGUGCGGUCUUAACGAAGAGCGAGCCACCGACGGCGAUAAGAAGUGCGGUUGUAAGACUGGCUUUGAGACUGUCGAUAAUGCUUGUGUAGCCAAGUGUGGCACCAACGAGGAACGAGCUACCGAUGGCGACAAGAAAUGCGGCUGCAAGUCUGGCUUUGAGACUGUUAAUGACGCCUGCGUUGCUGAGUGUGGUCUUAACGAAAUCCGCGCAACCGACGGUGACAAGAAGUGUGGCUGCAAGGCCGGCUUUGAGACCGUUGAUGACAUCUGUGUCGCUGAGUGCGGUGCUAAUGAAGAGCGAGCCACUGACGGAGAUAAGAAGUGUGGUUGCAAGACCGGCUUUGAAACCGUUGACGACAAGUGUGUUGCCAAGUGUGGUGAGAACGAGAUCCGCGCUACCGGCGGCGAUAAGAAAUGUGGUUGCAAGAACGGUUUCGAGACUGUUGACGACAAGUGUGUCGCCGAGUGCGGCACCAACGAGGAGCGAGGUCUCGACAAGACUUGUGGUUGCAAGGCCCAUUUCGAAUCCGUUGAUAACGCCUGUGUCGCCGAGUGCGGAGCCAACGAAGAGCGAGCCACUGAUGGUGACAAGAAGUGCGGUUGCAAGACUGGCUUUGAAUCUGUCGAUGAUAAGUGCGUUGCUGAAUGUGGCGCCAACGAGGAACGCGGUACCGAUAAGAAGUGCAGCUGUAAGACUGGCUUUGAGACCGUUGACGAUGUUUGUGUUGCUGUUUGUGGCGAUAACGAAGUCCGCGCUACAGACGGUGAUAAGAAGUGUGGUUGCAAGGCCAACUUCGACUUGGUUGAUGACAAGUGUGUUGCUUCUUGCGGUGACAACGAGGAGCGCGGUACCGACAAGAAGUGCGGUUGCAAGACUGGCUUUGAAACCGUCGAUGAUAAGUGUGUCGCUGAGUGUGGUGCCAACGAGGAACGCGGUACCGACAAGACCUGCGGUUGCAAAUCUGGCUUCGAAUCUGUCGACGACGUGUGUGUUGCUGUAUGUGGCGAUAAUGAGAUCCGCGCUACCGACGGCGAUAAGAAGUGUGGUUGCAAGGCCAACUUCGAUUCUGUCGAUGAUAAGUGUGUCGCUGCCUGCGGUGACAACGAGGAGCGCGGCACGGAUAAGAAGUGUUCUUGCAAAGCCAGCUUCGACUCUGUUGACGACAAGUGUGUUCCUUCUUGCGGUGAUAACGAGGAGCGUGGUACCGACAAGAAGUGCGCCUGUAAGAGCGGCUUUGACUCUGUCGACGAUGCCUGCGUUGCUACCUGUGGCGACAACGAGGAGCGCGGCACCGACAAGAAGUGCGCCUGCAAGACCGGCUUCGAGACUGUCGACAAGAAGUGCGUCGCCAAGUGCGGCGAUAACUCUGAACGCGGCCUCGACGGUAAGUGUGCUUGCAAGACGGGCUUCGACAAGGUCAACGACUCGUGCAAGGCCAAGUGCACCGACGGCGCCACUCGCGGUACCGACGGCGACUGCGUCUGCACAAAGCCCAACCAGGUCCUCUCGGGCAACGCCUGCGCCUGCAAGCCCGGCUACAAGAAGGGCCUCACCGGUUGCUGGAAGGCCUGCGGCGCCCACGCGUACCCCAAGAAGGACGUCUGCACUUGCUACAAGACCGGCCAGACCUUCAACAGCGCCGACAAGACCUGCACGUGCCCUACUGACACUCGCUGGAACGGCAAGAUGUGCGCCUCCAACUGUGGUUCCGACGCUUCGUGGAGCAACGCUGCCAAGGCCUGCAUCUGCAACAAGGACGGCCAGGACUUCAACAAGGACAAGACCUGCACCUGCCCCAACAAUGGUGUCUGGUCUGACGGGUCUUGCCAUCAGGACUGCGGCAAGCUCGCCUCUUGGUAUCCCAAGUCUCAGACCUGUGUAUGCCCCAAGAAGGGCCAAGUCUUCAACAAGGCCACUCUUGGCUGCGCCUGUCCCUCGGGCAAGAUCUGGAGCGGCAAGGAGUGCAUCGUCGACUGCGGCGACUACGCUUCUUGGAACGGCAAGUCCCAGUCUUGCAUUUGCGACAAGAAGGGACAGCUCUUCAACGAGGAGGACAAGUCUUGCGCGUGCCCUGACGGCAAGGUGUGGUCCAAGAACCAGUGCGUCGUCGACUGUGGCAGCGCCGCUUCUUACGACUCUCGCUCCAGACUGUGUGUCUGCACCAACACCAAGAUGGUCUGGGCCAACAAGGUGUGUAGCUGCCCUGCUGGUAAGAAGCAGAGCGGAAACAACUGUGUUCGCGCUCGAUACUAG